CUAGCUCCUGCAGGAGGUAUACAUACAUACGCACACGCUCUCGGCUCCCUGCUCUAGACCUAACAUUUAGCAGUCCUCUGUCUUCGCUGGAUAUACUUGACAGCCGCACUGAAAAAUCAUUAAAAAAAACACUCUUCUGGUUUGCAUUUUGAUCGUGGGAUGCGAGUACCCCCACCUCCUCAGCCCCUCCUUCUCCAUUGUCAAUCUGUUGGGGGGCCUCAACGUGGACCGGUUUUUAUGAAUGAAAUGCAAGGUCCCUAUGCUGACUGAUCGUCAGGAUUUUUCACCUACUUUCUCAACCAACGAUUGAAUUGCAGCCCCGCCUCCCUCCAAGCCAGCUCUUCCUGCAGCCAAUCCGCCACCAUGCCCAUUCUUAAGCAGCUGGUGUCCGGCUCCUCCCACAAGAACCGACGUUCUCGCACCGACCUGACCAGGGAGAUGAUCAGCGCCCCGCUUGGUGACUUCCGCCACACCAUGCACGUCGGCCGCAGCGGAGACGCAUUUGGAGACACCUCCUUCCUCAGCACCCGCUCGGGAGAACCGCCCGCAGAAUCCACCUCCUUCCCCAGUUCCCCCCGACCGGGCCUACUGUCACGCACUUUCAGGAGCAGCAAGCGUUCUCAGUCGGUGACCAGAGUGGACCAGCAGCGAGAGCACCCCCUGGUGGUCUCAGAUGGGUCCCCCACUUACGUAAAGAACGCCAUGUCUCUCCCUUUCCUCAAUGAUGAGGACAGAGGAGACAGCAUGGUGGCCAAGAGUUUGUCCUCCAGUCCAUUAAAGCAGCUGGGGGAAUGCGAUGGUGGGGGGGCAGCUUCCGCCAAUCACUUCUUGGAGGUGGACGAGCGACAAUUCGGGGAAGCGACUGAACUACCUGACAGCUGUCGCCCAUCUGUAGGUGGAAUGAAGCAUGCCGAGUCUGUCUUGUCCUUCCAUGUGGACUUGGGCCCUUCGAUGCUGGGGGACAUCCUGGGUGUGAUGGAGAAAGAGGAUGACGAUCUUGGCUAUGAGGAAGGCAAGAGCAGCGAAGGCCGUGCCUCGCCACCGCUCAGCAACCACGAAGAAGAAGAAGAAGAAGACCACCAGAAAAGGAUGGCGGUGGACGAAAAAGAAGCAACUCAGACAACCUCCUUGUAUCCAGAACCAGAGAUUCGCGGGCCGUACACCCCCGAGACCCGACCCAAGCAUCUGCAGCAUCUGGACAGCUGUUCCGUUUCCAGCUCGGGCUCGGCUGCCCUGGACGACAGAGCCCACGUGUACAUGGCCGACACGGACAGCGCCACCUUCAGUGCUCCACCAGAAGAGGAGAGCAACUUCUCGUCCUUCUUAGAUGAUGAAGAUGAUGAGAUCCGCGUAUGAGGUUCCUUCAACUCUGGAAUGUUGUUUAUGUAAGAAAAGCGUCCCUUGAGAGUGGAAAGUUGGAUACAGAGAACCAUGUGGAAUUUGAAUAAGGAACAUUCCAGAAGGACAGCUUAGAAAGAAGGAAAAACUGUCAUUCUCAGCCUCGUUUGACGUGUCCCAUGCCCCCCCCCCACCCCAAACCAAAUUUGGCUGGCCAUCACACCACCACAGGAAUGCUGCUUUGGGGUAUCUUCUGACCAAGAAGGCCACUGACUACAGUGUGAAUCCCUGCUUGGAGCCUCUGCAUCGGAAUAUAAUACAAAAAAAUGUGCCAUUGAGCUGUCAGGCUGGGAUUUAUGCAACAAUGGACGCUACUUCCCCAAUCCUUCUGGAGUUUUCAGGCAGUGUGUGUAUUGCCAACUGGAAACAUGACCGUUUAGCAUUAAAUGUAAAGUACGCUGUUAUCACAGGGAAGCAAAGGUGUGGACGUGAAGUUUUGUCAGUUAUCACUUCCUGUCGCACUGCCCUUGAAGCUUGUUUAGGUUUCAUUCGUGUCAGCGCACCAGCAGGCCCAGUUUAAUCACACUAUAUCUGCAUUUUGAUGUCUUUUUGUUUGUUUUAUUUUUCGGUGUGUAGAUACAAAAGCAAAAGACGGCAAUAAUGAAGAUUUGUAUGCAGGAAUUAACCCUACAAUUGAAAUGGACGUGUGCCAAAAUAUUAUUAUUUAGCCAUUGUUGUGAAUGUUGGGGAGUUCCGCUCAGUCAUUCAUGUUUAAGUAUAAAAGGUUGCAAGACAAACAAUGUGCAUAACUGGAUAUUUAUGUUGUUAAUCACUCAAAACACUAUAAUAUAUAAUUCAGGUCAUUUGUGCGACUGUGGACGUUUUCUAUGUUAUGCCUUACUGUUAUCUUUUCAUUGUGUAUUUACAGCCUUUUUCUGUAUUAGCCAAAAUAACCUAUAUUUUUCAAUAAAAUAAAUUUGUGAUCACUUACGGAUGUUUUUCGUAAUUGCAAGAGAGGCUUGCGACUUUGUUUGCACGAUAGUAUUCUCAGACACCACCUUUGAUGUGUGGCAUUUUUCAUCUAA